CUGUCAUUGCUAAAACAAAAGGAAAAAAACAAGACCUAAAAGCAUUCGAAUUCUGGUGACAUCCGGAAGAAAAGCGCAUAAAUGCUAAAGGCAAUAUGAUGGAAGCAUUGGAACAGCAACCAACAAAUAGUACAUCAAAUUCUGAUGGCGGUGGAGAGGAAUCAGGAACAGGAACGGGCGCUGGAGCUGGCACGGGAAGUGGUGGUAGCUCUAGCAGCGAAGAGGACGAACUUGAUGAUUCAAAAGUUAUGCUGGAUGCGCCGAAGGCGGAGAUGGAGCAUUCAGAGGAAAAGACGACCACAACAACGGUACUGGCCGAAAAAGGGAAGGAACAAGAAGAGAUAGACAGAGCGCAAGAUUCGGAUAGUGAUAUAAAGGUAUCCCUGGCUAACGGUCAGGCGAGUUUGUCCGAUGACGAAAAGGACGGCAGGGAAAAAGAAGAAAGUGUUAAACCUUCCUUGGAGGAGGAAAAACAGCAAGUACAAGAGCAGGUAAUAAUUCAGGCAGACGUAAAAGUUGAAAAUGAAGAGGAUUCGUCACAGCUUUCAAGUGACCCAGUGAAGGAGGAGAAUCUUGUGGAAGACGAGUUGCCAACUGUGGCAGUUUUAAAUGAUGAAGAUCCAAAAGAUGAUCUGAAGGAAGAAGUCUUUAAUUCAGUAUCACCGCAGGCGCAGGUUAGCGCACUCUCUUCUUCCGCUUCUUCGUCAGACCGUUCAUCACCAGUGCUGGCCAUGGAUGUGGAUGUAGAUAUGGAUCACGAUUUGCCAAUCACCAGCGAAAAUUGGGCCCCGACAGAAACUACUGAUAUAACAGAAUCCAUCAAAGUAGAAUCAGAGCCCGAUACAGAAGGGGAUAAAGUGAUAGGAGAAACGUCUCUUGAAAAGAUUACGCCAAAAAGUUCCAUUACCGAAACCGCUACCACGCCGAUUAAGUUAAAUGGAGCACAUGAAUCUUUCAAGGAGGAGUCAAACGAGGAGCAGAAGCAACCGACUGUGAUAGCCCAGGAGGCGGCAAUGUCGCCUGCUGCUGUAUCUCCGCCCCCGCCCCCGCAUAUGUUCUUGCCCAUACGAAGAGACCGAAGUAAGAGCAUUAGCAGUCAGUGCAGCUCAGUGAGCUCCGCUUCGCAGCCGCAAUUGGUGAUUGAUCAUCAUCCGGAGAGUGAACAAAAUGUCAGGGUGCAGCCGUUGAAGAUGAAGAAGCGCAGGCGCAGCAGCCAAAGUUCCUCCUCGCAAAUUGUAAGCCAACCGAAUGAGAAGCAAAUCAGGGUUAACUCAGAACCGGAAGCAGAGUCCCUUACAGAGGCAGAGCCGCAGCCAGAGACGUCACUCCUAAUGCAACGACUCCAGGGACAAAUCUCUACAUUAUCUGCUACUGAAUCAGCCACUCCUGCUAUCGCUUCUGCCUCUACCACUUCCCCGCUGCGACUCAAGAAGGAACGAUUUUUUCGUUGCGCCCGUUGCAAUUCUGUUCAUCAGUGUUGGAACUUCUUCCUUCACAUGCGAGAGGUGCAUCAACGAUAUAUUUGCCUCUACUGUUCGCAUGUGUAUGCCAGCGUAGAGAAAUUAUCGCUGCAUUUGGAAAACAAACACGACAUCGAUCAAAGUCAUUUUGCCACGCGGGAGACUUGGGUGAUGCAACAGCAGCAGCACGAUCGGCCCAGGUAUCUCAUCUGUUGCACCUGCCAGUCCACAUUUGACACAGGAUCCCGGUACGAAGAUCACGAUUGUGCGCAAUUAAUGCAACCGUGUGCUUUGUGUGGCGAAAAAGGAUGCCAUGCCCUCGGCUGUCGGAAUACGAAAAAGAAGCCACCGCCGCCAAGGCGAAGAAAAAAGGCAAGAAAAGCGCAGACGGUACAAGAUCAAAAUCCGCUAAAGGAGACGGUGUCGAAUUCAGUUCCAACAGCUCCACAGAUGGAUCAGGCUUUGACGCCUGAAGGAUACAUUCCAGCGCCGCCAAUCUAUCCAGCUCCUGAGAUGUACCCUUAUCCACAAGUAUCUUCUCCAGCACCACAAACUCCUCCACCUGCCAUACCCAAGCUAGUGGUACCCAAGAUCAUGCUGCGUGUUCCCAAAGAGUUUCAGAAAUCCGUCGAUGCGACGCUUAGCAGUACUGACACCGAAGAUGAAACUGAGGAAGUGCCGAAUAACGAGCCAUUACCUUCUUGCUCGCCACCGCUGCCGCAGCCAGAGAUGCCAUCAAAUCAUUUACCCUUGUCAUCCGAUCCUCUACCACCACCCGCUGAUGAAGAUUCGCCAACGGCAAAGUUAAGUCGAGUUCUAGCGGAGAUUGAGCGCACCAAGUUGGAUAUUGAACGUACCAAGGCGGAUAUCUUUACGAAAAAGCAUGCAAAGGUUGCGCCAGAGCCUCCACCAGUAGCACCACCAGAUAUACACCAUCAGCAGCAGCCGGAAGAACAGCAGCGUCGUUGGUCUCUAACGCCACCUGCUUCCCCGCCAGUGAUAACUACGGAAAGUCAACCGGAUGCUGUGCGUCGUAACAGUCUAGGCAGUGAUUGCAUGGACAUUGAUGAGAGCAUGCAUCAGCCGGUCAGCAUGGAGCAGAUGCAAAUGCCGGAGCAUCCUCAGCAAGCGGAACUGGAAGAGCAACCGCAACAGAAUGUGCCAUUGGAUUUGGAACCGAUGCAGCUGCACAACGAUGAGGAGUAUCAGCCAUCAUCAUCGCCUCCUCCGCCACGCUCUCCUUUGCCACCAGCACCACCGGCUCCGCCUGCAGAUGGGAUCGAUGUGGCUGGACCUGAAACGCACACAGUGGACUUACAAUUAGAUCGUCCCCUGGACAAGAUUUCAAUGGUGGAUCUCAUACGUCUGUGCAUGAAGACGGUGUACCCGCUCUGCUUGUAUUGCAAUCAUGCCCGACGCAUUGCUGUCAAUGGCAAGCAAUUGGUGCUACAUAUGAUAGGCGAACAUCGCUUUACGGCUACAGUGGACAGUAUUACAGCGGAGGAGUUGCACGCGGAAACUUUAGUGGCUAAAUUAAAGAGUUUUCUUCCCCUACUGGAGACAGAAUAUUUAAAUUUGGCCAGCUGCUGCAGCGUCCGGGAUGAAAACGGUGAGGCGACCUAUGUGGAACCAUUUAAUGAACGCAUUUACGAGUGCUUCACCUGUCGCUUUGUCACCUCAACACACAAGGAGCUCUACACCCACAAUCGAAGGCUUCAUAUCAAGUCGAAUAUCAUGUGCACGAUGUGCCGUACGAAUUUCUAUAGCUACAGCGAAAUUUUGUGCCACAUCUGUCCGGGCAGAGUAACAGGCACAAUCUACGCCUUGCAGUUCCGUUGCUGUCUCUGCGAAAUGGCUCCCCUUCCAUCAGCCUUUCGGCUAAUGGUUCAUCUGAGGAAGCAGCAUCAGGCCUGUGACAUUUGUCUGGAGGAUUGUCACAGUCAGGCAAAGCUAUCGUCCCAUGUGUGGAAGCAUAAAUUGCUGCAUCUUUGCUAUCGGUGUGGCAUUGCUUACCGCAACAAACAAGACAUAUCGAAGCAUCUGUUCUGGAAGCAUGGCACCGAGAGUGCCAAUUGCAAGAGAUGCCUCCAGAAACGUUGGCGUCAUGUUUACCACUUUUGUGUACCGCCAGCACAGUUUCCCUGUGAGCAUUGUGGAUUUAUAUUUAGUAAAGCCAUCUACCUAGAGGUGCACAAGCGGAUGCAUACGGGUGAUUUCCGUUAUCCUUGUACGGAGGUGGAUUCAUGCGAGGAGAAAUUUGUAUCAAGGAAACUAUUAAUGAAGCAUCUGGAGGCGGAACAUAUGGAAAAGGAGCAGUUACCCGCAAUUGAGGACGUGCCACAAGCAGCCGAGAAUGAGAGUGCUGAGCCAGUAGCUAAGGAAGAUGCUGACAAGAUGGAUGAAGUUAAAUCGCAGCAGCCUGAGGCGGCAGAGAUGAUAAAGGUGGAAAGGGAGCGACAGAGUUCCAUUGAUGUCAAAGUUGAGUCAGAGAUGGAGCCGAAAAUGGAAACAAUUGUUAAAUCAGAGGAUCAAGGAAGUAGUAAACCUCUUGCGAAAUCGGAACAAAAAAGCAAACGACGCAAAAAGUCCAAGCGCAAUAAGGAAUCGCUAGAGGAUCUUAAUCUUAUAGCGCCAAAUCUCUCUGAAUCGGAUAGUAGCUCUGACAGUGACUCAGAUGCUCCGCGGAGCAAUCAUGACAUGGCUUUGCCCAUUAAACCACCAUCGUCAGCGUCUGUAGAUGAUCUGGAUAUGCCAAAAGUAAUGCUGUCCCCUUCUUCAGAGAGCGAUAAUGAUGGGGAGACACAAGUCAAUCAGCUAUUGGAAAAGGAAAAGAAGAAAGAAGAGUCGGAGCAGCAACAGCAAGAAGCGCCAUCGGAUCAGAUGCCAAAGAUUGAGUCUGGCUUGGAGGAUUUAGUUGCCAAGGAACAGGAUGGCAAAGAUCAUGUAGAUGCAGUUCCAGAUAUAUGGAAAAAUCUCUUGCAGAAUCAAGCACCUGGCCAUAAAAAUGAGCAGGAGAAAUCCACAGCAGAUGAUGAGGCAGAUGAAGAACUUCAGCGGCCACCUAACAAACUGCAUGUGGUCUGGUCUGAUCAUGACUAUUGCAAAAUGAGACGUACCCCGCCACCGCCUUCGCCGGUGAAACAAUCCCGUAGCGCCAAAUCGGGCAACGACCGACGCAUCAGUGGAAAUUCCAGUGAGAGCGACAGUUCCAGCAGCUCCAGCUCAAAUUCUGAUUCAGAUUCUUCGAGUUGCUCCUGUGGUACGAAUUGUACUUGCAGUUCGAGUAACAGCAGCAGUUCUAGCGAUGAUUCUGAUGACUCGGACAGCUCGAAUGGCCAAAGUUCACCUCAAAAGCAGCAGCGUUCACGGAAAAAAUCGUUGAAGCAGAAGAAGAUUGAUGAAUCGCUCGUCAGCAACGAGCUUGAUGGACCACGUACACAGGAGGAGGAGAUUAAUGUAACCACUGUGUCGGAAGAGCAACCAUUGGCUACCCCGGAUCCACCACCUGGACCGCCAUCGCCCAAACUACCCAUGUAUAACGAAUCCGAUUUUGAUACGGCGUUUUCCGACACAGAUGAGGAAUUUUAUGAUGCUCAUCCUCAAAAAUUGGCCACCGAAUCGCUGACACAGAAUCGUGAGACUGUGAACCCACAGGAUUCAUCACUGGAAACGAGCAAUAAUAACAACAACUAUGACAUAGUUGAGAAUAGUCGUCCAUCGACGCCAUCCCUGCCGGAGGAAGCAGCUGCCUUUGCCGAGAGACGAGAACGAGUUCGCAACAAAAAGAAGAAACGUGAGCGAAAGUCCUCAUGCAAGUCGGGAAGAAUACCACCAGGAAUUGUUGCUGGAAUCCCAACUGGCGAUUCCAAUUGUAUGCCCACAUUGUCAUCCACACCUAUGGAGCCACCAAUUCUUCCCAUGCACUCGAUUGUCCAUAAUGUUCCAGUUCCUCUAACCGAAUCGCCAGUAUCGCUUCUACCGAUGCUACCAACGACUCCGCUGACUCAUUUGAUGCAGCCGAGCUUGACCCGUAUGAGCGAGGGUAGCAGCUGCUCAGACGCCGAUGGUCAACUAAAGCGUUCCAAGCGUCAGCGUCGUCCCAAUAAAUUCUAUGGCUAUACCAGCGACGAUGAGAACAUGACCACUAUCCUAGCUCCGCCACUGCAGGUGGGAAUGCAAUUAAUUAAGCCGCAGCCACCGCCGCAGUUGACCUGGGCCAAAGAGGAUUUACCCACACCGCCCAAGCAACGACAUCGGACAAGUAACAACAACAACAACAACAAUAAUCACCAUUUACAUAGCAAUGGAUGUGGAACACCUCUGGCCAGCUCUGGUUCAGGGUCAGGCACAAGGAAACGCAGCAGUUUGAAGCAACGAAACCUAAUGAGCAGUGCCAAUCGAUCGGCCAAGCGUCAAAAGUUGGACAGAGAUCUGCCACCCAUACCCACAUUGAAGAUACGGCCAGGACUCUUGACUAGUUCAUCAGUGGCUCCGCCAUCGGAUAGCAGCGACAGCAGUACCGAGGACGAGGAUACCGAAAUCAAUGUGACAACUUUGCCACCCUGUCCAAGUCCAAGUAGACCGCCGCCACCCAUCAUGUCCAUGCCGAUUCCUGUAGCUCAGCCGGCAGCAGCAGCACCGCCAACUUUGCCACCGCCACCUCCAGCAACGGCCACGGCAUUUAAUCAGCCAAUACCACCAGCUUUGUUGCCCAAUCCCGAUUUUGCUACGCUGCAGUACUUCAAGGCCAAUAACAUUCGUUAUCCCAUACGCCCGCCGGCCGGUGCUCGCUUGGCCCGCGAAGGUGAAUCCGUCUAUUGCUAUUGCCGCUGUCCCUACGAUGAGGUAUCCGAAAUGAUUGCUUGCGAUGGCGACAAUUGUCUCAUCGAAUGGUUCCACUUUGAGUGUGUGGGCAUAAUGGUGGCACCCCAGGGCAAAUGGUUCUGCGCCGAAUGCAGGCCCAAAUACUCCGAGGGACUGUACGCAGGCGCCAAGGCCAAGUAACCAGCUAUAAACAUGAAUGAAAACCCCCACUACAGAAUGGAUUACGCUUAUUAAUUAAUAAAAAACACAUUUAUAACUAAGUAUAUAUAUUAUCUAUAAUAUUGAAUAUAUAUUAAAUAGUUCUGAAGGCAGAUCUAUGCAUAAACAGGCUCAAAGUGAACAGUAAGAAAAUAUAAAAAAAAAAAAAACAAAAUAAUAAAUAAAACUUCCACAAUUGGGAAGGAAAUAAAAUAAGCUAAAAUUUAAUCAAUUUAUUAUACCGACUAAAUAUAUAUAUAUAUUAACAUUUUUGUAAAUAUGCGAAAAUCCAUUAAUACUGAGUCGUAACAAUAUAUAUCUAUAUAUAUAAAAAGUGUAGGAAUACUUUAUAUAUAAUCUACACAUAGUUCUAUGUACUAUGGUUAGCUAUAUUAACGAAUCUGAAAUGCAAUCGCUGAGAGAAAUAAAAAAAAAACACACACAAACAUGAAAAAAUACA